CUACUGUCUAGGGUAGUGCUGUUGAGUGGCAAUUUAAGAGCGUCUUUACAUCCAAAGCCACUCGACCUGUGUUGAAGCCAUCUUCCACUAUCGAUCGACCAUGGCCAGUCCCAUUGGGAAUCUUAUUCAUCCUCCGGACCCUCCAUACCGGCAAGGAUCGGGCCAAGCUCCCCGUAUAGACUCGAUUCUCCACAGUCAUCAACCACAUCCGGGUCCGAGUCCGAUCCACCACCUCAGUCCCAUCGGCAACCGGCCCGGGGUUGGGUCUGGCUUGUCUCUUGCUCCACUAUCCUUUCCUGGUCCUUCUCAUCCCAUUCCGCCGCCAUCACAUCUUCCAUCGCAAGCUCAUCGACCAUCACUGCCGUCACCAGUUCAUAAUCCUCCUCCUCCUCCACCACCGUUGUCGAGGAGUCACUCCAACACACAAUCACUUUAUCAGUGUGCCGACUGUUUACGACGAUAUUCUCGGCCUGAACACUUACAGAGACACAUUGCGACCCAUACUCUUGGGAAGCGUUUCAUUUGCGAUGUUUGCUCAAAAGCCUUUGCCCGAGCUGAUCUCCUAAAGCGUCACCGCACCAACCACCAAGAUGACAAUGGAGCCAAAAGGAGACGUAUGAAUUCCUCGCCUGGUGCUGGACGGGUGACGCAUGCUUGUCAGGCUUGUGCGAAGGCGAGAGUGAAGUGUGAAGAAGCGAAGCCAUGUACACGAUGUAAAAAUCGAGGGAUAAGCUGCGAAUAUGGCUCCUCGGAAGACGCAGCUCUGCAUCUCCUUCAUCUAUCCGCCCACGACCGCGCUGAGGGUUAUGACCAUGAGGAUAGACAAGCUUCCUAUUACCCACGACCUUCGAUUUCCGAGCCUCAUGCGUCUGGCUUCUCCACACAUUACCCUUCGGAACCAGUCGAACACAGUCCCAUGCUCACCGAAAGCGAAGAAUCCCAUAUACCGACUCCCGAAACGAUGAUGGACCAGACUCAGACUGCUAACCCAAACCCAGAACAAGCCUUUCAAGUCCAAGCAACUUACCCCCAUAACAAUAACACAAGCAGCAGCAUGCUCGACAACAUGGCCAAACUCCCCUUUUCCGACUUUCUUCGGGACGUCUUGUACGACCAAUCGCUCUCCCAGGCUCAGGGGCUGGCAGUUCUUGACUUUUGCGAUGACUCCAGUCUUGACCUGAAUGCCAUGGACUUUGGGCUUUUGGACUACUGGUUACAUGACGAGCCUGUUAUUCCGCUUCCCUCUUCUGAUCCAGCUCAGCUCGGUCCAAGCUCAGGCCCAAUUCCGUCGACAACCACCACAGCAGAAACGGGUCAAGCAGGCACAAAAAACUCAGAUCCCGUGAACAUAUCCGCCAUGCGACCAAAACUGGCUCAGAUAUGGACAGACUCUCCCUGGCGCUGGACCCCCCAGCGAACGGAUAACGUCUACGCCGAACAAUCGCACUUGCCUCUCCCAACAUCCGGGCACUCUUCUCCCUCGUUCUCUCCCAAAUCGGCACUCAAACGCAAGUCGUCUGAUCUUUCUCCUUCACAACCAACCGACAACAACAACAACAACAACAAAGCAACCAAACUGCAGCAAAACUCCAGCUCUCAGGGGCAGCAGCAACUAAUAACCCUCAACCAGCACACUCUUCACUCCUCGGGCCGCGACCUGAUCCUCUCCAUAGUCCUCUCCAUCUGCAAAUCCAACUCGUCCCAGUUCUCCAGGGUAGCCUCUUCGUUUCCUUCUUCGGGGUCCAUCAACCAUUGGAUCCACAUCUUUUUGGCUUCGCAUCUAUGUUCCGUGUCGAGUUUUAUUGCUUGUCAUUUGCCUCCUCCUCCUCCUCCUCCUUCUUCUUCUUCCUCCUCUUCUGGUUCUGGUUCUGGCUCCGGCUCAAAGGACCACUCCCCCUCGGCGCUCUACUGGUCCCUCAACGCCCAACCCCCCGAAUGGCUCGCCAUCACCGCCGCCUGCGGCGCCGUCCUCGCGCCCGUGCCCGCCCUCCGCAAAUUCGGUUUCGCCCUGCAAGAAGCCGUCCGCGUCUCGAUCCCCGGCCGCUUCGAAGAGAACAACUCCAAAGUGUCGGACCUCGGGCUCGUCCAAGCCCUCGUCCUGACGCAGGACCUCGGCGUCUGGUCCGGCAACCGGCGCAAGAUGGAGAUUGCCGAAUGCCACCUGACGGUCCCCGUCGCCAUGAUGCGCGGCCGAGGCAAAUUCACCCGCGGCGCUUACCUCCCUUCCAUCGUAGUGACGGAAGCCGACGAAGGCAAGGAGCUCGAAGAUAAGUGGAAGCGGUGGAUGGAGAUGGAAUCCUGGAAACGACUAGCGUUCCAUGCGUACCUGCGCGACGCGCAAGUGAGCAUGACGCAGCUGAGCAAUCCCAGCAUCAGCUACGCGGAGAUGCGCAUGCCGUUACCGGGCCCGAAAGAAUGUUGGUUCGCGCGCACCAAAGAAGAGUGGAAGUCUCGGUGGUUAGCUGCCGCCGCCGCCUCCUCCUCGUCCUCCUCUACCAUGGACGAACAAGUCCCGUGUCUCGGCGACUUACUUCGGGAUGUAAACCUCUUGGUCCGGCAUCACCAUAGACUAGACGUCCAGUUCGCCAUCUCCAUCUACUUGCAUGGUUUCUGGUCGCUGAUCUGGGAAUACCGCCAGCUGGCAUCGAUCCAUCGCCCACUUUUCGGACAACCGUCGUCUUCUUCCUCAUCCACUUACACUCCUACAUCCCCGUUUAAUAACCCCAAUGCUACCACCACGCAAUCCCUCCUCAUCUCUCGACUCGCCGACCUGCGCACUACCUUGCACCAAUUCCACGCUUUGGUCUCUUCUCCUUCAGCUCCCUUGUAUUCAUACACAACACCUAACGAACUCCUCCUCCUCCACCUUUUACUCAUGCAUAUCCAUGUGUCAUUAGAAGACCUACAGCUCUUUUCGGGAAAAGAAGGCGAAGAGCAAGCGAAACGGAUUUAUCCGGUCCUGCAAAGAUGGGCGGAUAGUAGCGAGGCGCGACAGGCGCUGUGGCAUGCGGGGCAGGUCCUCAGGUUCGCGAGGGAGUUUCCGAAAGGACAACUGAGAGAGUUUUGGGCGGCCGCGGUGCAUUUAGGCGGGUUGGCGGUUUGGGGGUGGGGGGUGUUGCAGACUGCGAGGGGGGGUGGUGUUAGUUCUAAGGAUGCUAGGCACUUGAAGGAGAAGGAGAGGGAAAAGGAGAGAGAAAAGGGGCAACAGCAUCAAAAGUCAAGCUUGUACAUCCAACAAGUGAUGACGCCUACCACCACCCCCGGACUCACCACGCACCACCAUCAAGUACUAGAACCAGUCACACCACCUCUACUAGUAACACUCAACGGCCCCCACACCCCCCCCUCCCUCGACCUCGACGCCUUCAUCCACCACAACCAAGGUCGUCCCGCUCUUUCUUCUUUCACUUCUUCUUCUUCUUCCUCCUCCUCCCCCCCUUCAUCGUCGUCCUCUUCCUCCAACAAGGACGGUGGUGGUGGUGGUGGUGACUACGCAGUAGUCCCACUAGACGACAUAGCAACCUGCAUGGCCAUCUGCCAAGCGAUUCUCAGAGAUAACUUCCCUGCCUCCUCCUCCGCCUCCGCCUCCGCCUCCGCCUCCACUUCUGCUUCUGCUUCUGCUUCUGCUUCUGCUUCUGCUUCUGCUUCUGCUUCUGCUUCUCCCGAUGGAGGUGGUGCUUCUUCGCUCCUCCCGGCGAUAAGCGAGAAUAUUGUGGCGCUGUUGGGGAAGUUGGGGGGUGUUGCGGGGGUUGUUGGUGGUGGUUCUGGUGGUGGUGGUGGUGGUGGUGGUAAGUCAGGUGCAGGUUCAGGUUCGAGGGGUAGCUGAGCUACUGCCGAGCGGCGGCCAUAUUCAGGG